ACACUUAGCCUUAAACGUGCUCCCCUCUAGCCCCAAGCUGGGAGCAGCUCUCAGGACUGGGCAUUUGAGCUGCUUCAGCCACAUGCAAAGCAUCAAACCUGAGAGCACAGCUCAGAGGACACCGGCUGUUCCUUCAGCCUUCUGAAGAACCGUGGAGUUUGCGCCUGGCUACCAGGGCCUCUCCUUAGGCAGUGAAGAGAUACACAGCACAGGGCUAAGACUGUGUGAAUAUGUCGAAACAGCCAGUUUCCAAUGUCAGAGCCAUCCAGGCAAAUAUCAAUAUCCCAAUGGGAGCCUUUCGGCCAGGAGCUGGGCAACCCCCCAGAAGAAAAGAAUGUACUCCUGAAAUGGAGGAGGGUGCCCCUCCUACCUCAGAGGAGGAGAAGAAGCCAAUUCCAGGAGCAAAGAAGCUUCCAGGACCUGCAGUCAACCUUUCAGAGAUCCAGAAUAUUAAAAGUGAACUGAAAUAUGUUCCCAAAGCUGAGCAGUAGUUGGACGAGAAAAGUUUGCAUUUCUGCCCUCCCAGGGGUCCCUGCUCCAACUCUACUGAGUGUCUCCCAGUCCAUGGAUAUGCUGUGCUGAUGCUAGGCUUUCGACAUGCUCCCUUUGUUUUCUAUAUCCAUUAGCUGGCUAACUUUUUUUUGGAGGGGAGAAGAGACGCCACAGCACCAAAGCAUCCUUCAAAGUGGCAGGGCUUGGGCCUGGGCCACACACAUGACAAAGCAGUGUGCUAUCCAGUGAGCUGGCUAACUCCUACCCAUCAGUCAGGUCUCAGUUCAAACCCUAUUUCCAAGAAGCAUUUCCAUAGCUUCCUGAACUGGAGAAAGCACUACGAGCUGCCUAUGUGUCCUUACUGAGAGGGAGGAAGGGGUCACUUCCUUAUGCUAUCACUUCUGUCACACUCUGUCUUUCUUUCUGGAUCUUCAGUUCCAUGAAGGGGGAUAACUUAUCCACUGCUGUGUCCAUAGUGCUUAAUAUAUUUUUCUGGUGUGGAAUGUAACCAAAAUAAAGUGAGGAUCCUGGAUCCCA